AUGCUGGAACACCAUGAAAUUCACGUCAAUGUUCGGGGAUACGAGAAUGAGAUCAUUCGUCGUACGGAGGACCCAAAUUGGACGGACGCGCAAAAGCUCAAGCGCAAAGUACUGCAACGACGGAAAUCAAAUUCGACAAAGAAGGAAGUUUGUGCGCAAAAGGUCGGAGACGUGUUCAACGAGUUGUUGGCUGAGGAGUUUAACAAUGUGCUUGCGUGUGACCCAUUGAGCAUUGCGAAAAUCUCGGCACUCAUCGAAUACUCGAAAAGUAAACGCGACUUUUUCUCGAGGACUCUUUGCAAGUAUGACAAAUAUGGGGAAUUGCCUGGACUGCUCGAGAAAGUGCUCGUCAACAAAUGGUUGUCUCUCUUUUACUGCCUGCCACGCAAUGGCUUCGGCGAGAGGGACACGCUGAACGAGUACGAGCGAGACGCUGGAAGAUGGGACCAGGAAAAUAUUCUGUUUCCCGAAGCUUUCAAGGAACUUCGACAAUUCAGC